AUGCGACAAAGAAAAUUCGAAUUAAUUGCUGAUAGAAGACGUGAAGGAUUAAUUGAUGCACUGAUAAAAUCUGAGCCGGCGACAAGAUUCAAGAAACUUAUAACUAGAAGGUUACCUCAAAAUUUUGUACUGGACCAAGAGCAGUUCCAGGACCCUAUCGACAAUAUCGCUCUUGAAACUCUUCGCCAUGUCCUAGCCAGUUAUCCCGUUGACUACCGGUUUCGUGGGAAUAGCAUGUAUUACAAUUCCAAAUCAAGAACAAUUGAACAUAUGCGGUCUUUUUAA